UUGGCCCAAAGUCGGGCGGGUUCUGUUGCAUUUCGUCGGACUUCAGUACCUCAAACUGACGUAGAGAUUUUUUUCUUGUUGCACGCUGUUUACAAAGCGACUAUUGACACUAGUGCACACUUUUGAAUACAAGUGAUCGCUUUUGAACUGUGCAAACUAUUAAGUGAUUUUUAGCACGUGCUACAAUUUGUUUUGGUUUGAUUAAAUGUGAUCUGGACUAUGUUUGACAAGUGGAACUAUUAAAGCCCCAAAACACUGACAGAAAAAGAGUUUUUCUUCAAACUAUGAUCAUAUGGCACUACCACUAAUGUUCAGACGCAGGUCUAUGGAAAAAAACUGGCAAGAGUCCGAGCAGGAGCAUGUUGGAGACGCUGAAUCCGAAGAAGGUGCGCAAGACCUGUUUGAAUUGUUGGAAAGAUUGCAAAAUAGCCGCCUUGAUGACCAAAGAUGCGUAUUGCCAUCAUCCUUGCAGCUGCCGGCAGCAGUGUUUCCUGUCGCUGACUCUAAUCAGUACAAUGGGCAGCAGUGUGAUCAAUAUUCUACACAAGUCACUAGACGGGAUAUUACAUCUCAUCUAACGUUUGGCAGCUUCUGGAUCCUCGGAAUUAGCUAA